CGAGAGUAAAAAAGUGACAUAAAUUUUCAGGAUAAAUUUAGUUUAACAAAAUGGCAGAGUUCGAAAAUGCGUUUUUGGAUGACAGGUUAACACUUUGCUAUCAGAAGCAAGAAGCAGCGCUUAACAGCUUAAGGAAGGUGUAUGGGGAUGGAUACGGAAAGCCGAAAAAGGGAUCCAUGUCUGAAAUAAGAGGACAAAAAUAUCAACAGUCUGUAAAUGAAGAAGUUGUGGAUCUGUGCAGAGUUAUAUCUUCGAGGGGCAAGAAGUAUAAGAAUGGCACCAGUUCUAUUUUGUUCGGAGACCUAUUUAAUGUUUACCAGAAGAUUUCAAAUAAAGUGGUAGGUGUCCUACACAGAGCUAGGAAAAACAGAUUGGUGCAUUUUGACGGUGAAACCUUGUGGCAGGGGGAGAACGAUGAAACUAAUGUUACUUUGCUCAGAAAUAUCCGAGAUAUUGAGGAGCACUACAAUAAAACAGGAGAGCUACUCUACAACUCAGAUGCAAACAAUAUUUUUGUCUUUAGGCAAGGAGAUAAAGGAGUGAAUACUAUAUGUGUCAAGAUAAACUACGGGGAAGAAAAGGAUCUUGAUUUUGAUACUUGUGAGGUUAUCCCUGCACCAGCACUUCCGGUAGUAGAGGAUACAGAUUUCCUGGUGGAAGAAACAACAGAAUAUUUCCAGGCUGAGAUGACCCCACUAAGAGUUGAGGAAUUUCAACCAAAGCCCCGAAAACCUCAACCUGUUAUCGACAUUAGAGUAUCUGGAGGAAUAAAACCUAGAUCUGACAGAGUAGUUCUAGAUUUUGGAUCAGAUAAUCUAGUUUCAAGUGCUGUUAUCUAGCUUCUACAGUGUACUUGAUGUUAUCUAGCUUCAAUAGUGAGCAUGCUGUUAUCUAGAUUCUACAGUACAGUGUGCAUGAUGUUAUCCAACCUCUACAGUACAGUUAUGAUGUUAUCUAGCUGCAGUUUUCUUGAAGUUAUCUAGCUUGUACAGCAAGCAUGCUGUUGUCUAGCUUGUACAGUGAGCAUGCUGUUAUCUAGCUUCUACAGAGUACAUGAUGUUAUCUAGAUUCUACAGUACAGUGUGCAUGAUGUUAUCCAACCUCUACAGUACAGUUAUGAUGUUAUCUAGCAGCAGUUUACUUAAAGUUAUCUAGCUUGUUCAAUAAGCAUGUUGUUAUCUAGCUUCUACAGUGUAGAUGAUGUUAUCUAGCUUCUACAGUAAGCAUACUGUUAACUAGCUUCUACAAUAAUCUUGCUGUUUUCUAGCUUCUACAGUGUAGAUGAUGUUAUCUAGCUUCUACAGUAAGCAUACUGUUAACUAGCUUCUACAAUAAUCAUGCUGUUUUCUAGCUUCUACAGUGUAGAUGAUGUUAUCUAGCUUCUACAGUGUACAUGAUGUUAUUUAAGUUCUACAGUGUGCAUAUGAUGUUAUCUAGAUUCUACGUUGUACAAACUGUUACCUAGCUUAAACAGUAACCAUGCUGUUAUCUAGAUUCUGCAGUAACCAUGCUGUUAUCUAGAUUCUAGAAUAGUCAUGCUGUUAUCUAGCACCUAGAGUGUACAAGCUGUUACAGUGCACUGUGCAUGAUGUUAUCUAGCUUCAUACAAUCUACACAAACAGUUCAUUGAAUUGUGAAUGUGUGAAAAUUCUUUCAUAAAUAAAUGCAGCUCUGUAAUUUAUUAAUGCGUAAUACGUAUAAAUGCAUACUUACAGUUUCGUUACCUAUGUAUACAUUUUUUUUAUUUGUACAUAAUGCAAAUGUUUAACAUACUAAAAGUACUUCUAUCUACGAACAUAUAUUUGUUGAAGUGUACAGCGUUGAAAAUUUACGUAUUUAAGUCCAUAUCAGGAUCAUGAAAAAUUACUACCUUAAUCUUUUUUUCUUUUUUUAAAUGAUCAUGUUCUAUGUACAUUAAUGUAAUUCUUAUACAAUUAUUUGAUGAAUUCGAGAAUAAAAACAAAUCCGGCCUUA